UUUUGUUGAGUGAUUUUUUUUUAUAAAGUUAUCGCAAGAUCACAAAUUAAUAACAAAAGGUGGAAAAUUCCAAAAUAUAUUUAUAAACUGCAUAUUUGGAAACUUCGUUUGCUAAUGAAAAUAUAUAAUAAAAUAUAUAAAAAAAAACUAGUAAAAGCUAAUAUAACGGAAGCGCAGGCAGCUUCAACAGCAUAGGCUGAGCAGUAUUGUCGAAAAAGUACGUGAAAGGGCAGUGCUGAGAAUCAAAUUGGUUGCGGGUAUAUCAAAAGCCUAAAAUAAAUAUUUCGGUUAACGCAUCACCAUAACCAUUGUCCGUUUUACACCUCUAUCAACCAAAGAUGUCUAAUAUGUCUGUAGGGCAGAUUAUUAUGGACGCACAGCGUAUUGCUAGUCGCGUGAAAGAUUUGGAGCUAUUGGGUAAUGCUUUACUAGUAGAAGCUGAAGGUAAUAAUCGCUUAGUAGAAAGUUUACGACAAUUCCAAGAUGAUGUGGAUUCUUUGAAUCAAAUAUCCAACAACAAAUCGAAUUCCGAAAUGGUAAAUCGUAUACAACAACAGAACGCUACCAGUUCAGAGAUUUUGAAAGAGAAUAGAGAAUUGAAGAUGUGCAUUGAAGAUUAUGAACGUACCAUGGAAUUUAUUAUGCAAAAAUAUCGGGAACAUACAAAUAGCAAAAUUCUGGAAAGUAAAAUAAACUUUAAAGAAGUAUAUAAUGAAGAGUUGUGGUUAAUCAUACGAGAACAACGGGCAAAAAUCAGGGAAAUGGCUGUUGUAAUGCAGCGCGCCGCAUCAGCAGAUGAUGAUGCUGUCCAUCGUGAUAUGGAAACAAUGUCUCGACUACGGAAGGAAAAUCAGAUUUUGCGUGAACUAUUGCAAAUUUCUAAGCAAUUUGGCUCAGCUAGCCAACCCAUACGAGUCAAUGAACAUUUGCUAGAAGAAAAAGGUGUACAAACUGAUUGUGCUGAUGAUUCGGCUGAUGAGUUAUCGCUAUCGUGUGGAUCUGUAGAGAAUUUCAACAAUAACUCGCAGAUUUUACUGCAACCUAAUGCAGCUGUAACAAUUAAUAGCACUGCUACAAGCACUAAUACAAACACUGCCGAUCAUAUUGCCAGUAUGGCAACAAUGUCUCAAAAUGUCAGCGAAAACAAUAAUGGACCUUCGCCAGAUGUUGAUUCGGUGACGGUUUCAUUUUUGCCACCGAUAAAUCAUACCGAUACAUUAAGCACAACUACAGUCGGUAACACAGGGAACACUAGUGCUACAGAAGUUGUCGCUUCUGCUUCGACGACAGUGACUUCAACGGUGCUUACGGGGAGCAUAAGUACUACAAGUGUCGCGUCGGCUAUAGCAAAUACAACCGGACCAAUUGAAGUACCAAAAGCUGCAACAUGAUAGGGUGGGGGAUCUUAUGGGCGAAUCAAACAAUAUCGCCUGGAUUUGUUUCUUUGGCAUGAACAAUUAUUAUACUUUAUUUUACGUUCUCUUCUGUUCACAUAAUGCCGAUAAUUCUAAAAUUUAUUUUUUGAAAUAUGAAAUUAUAAAUAUAAGCAUUCACUACCACUAACUUAUUUAAUGAUCAUUACUACAACGCAAAGAAAAUUGUAUUUAGCGCAUGAAGCUGUUACUAAUCUAACAAAACCAAGAUGAACAACACAUGUAGGUCUCUCAUCUAUCAGUUCGAUGGAUGUGAAGACCAUCUUUAUUCAUACAUAUAUAAAUAAAUAUACAUACAUAUAUUUAAAACGUAAA